AUGGUCCUUGUCGCCGCUGGGCAACUGUGUGCUUCCAAUGUUUUGAAAGACAACGCUGCUGCUGCAAUCAAUUUGAUUACAAAGGCUGCAAGUUUGAGAUGCAAGGUUUUGUUCUUACCAGAAGCCUCAGAUUACAUUGCACGGAACGCGCAACAAAGUAAAGAGAUUGUGAAGUCCGUCUCAGAUUCGCCUUUCGUGUUGGCCAUCCAAAAAAAGCUGCAAGAGCUUCACGCUGCGGGGAACUCCCUUUCUGUGUCUGUGGGUAUUCAUGAGCCUUCUGAGACUUCUGACCGUGUCAAAAAUACCCUGAUAUGGAUCAAUGAAGCAGGUGAGAUUGUUCAAAGAUAUCAGAAAAUCCAUCUUUUCGAUGUGGACAUCAAGAAUGGACCGAUUUUGAAAGAGUCACAAUCCGUGGAACCAGGUUCCAAAGUUCUGAAGCCGUUUCCAACCGCCAUUGGCAACGUAGGAUUGGGGAUCUGCUAUGAUCUACGUUUUCCCGAGCUGGCCUUGAGAUUGAGAAGCGAAGGAGCCCAAGUUUUAACUUAUCCCUCUGCUUGGACAAUGAAAACGGGUCCUCAUUUCCAGAUUCUGGCUCAAUCGACGGCCAUCUUUACCCAAUGCUAUGUUGUGAUGCCUGCGCAAAAGGGAAAACACAAGGUUGAGGACGGAACGGUGACAAACAGAGAAUCCUACGGCCACACUUGUAUAAUCGAUCCGUCAGGAACUAUCCUUGCUCAGUGCACAGACAUUGACGAUGUAGAAGAUAUCUGCGUUGCCGAUAUUGAUCUUGACAGGCUAGAGGUUAUCAGGAGAAACAUGCCUCUCUGGAGUCAGAGAAGACCGGACGUCUUCGGCUACAAAGUCUAA